UUAGCCCAAUGGUUUCCAACCAGCAUUAUCUCCCUUGUUUCUAGUUUCACUUUCAUGUUGAUUUGAGGAUUGCCCCUGUUUUGUUUAGAAAAGAUGAUGUAACACAAGAUUUUUUUCAGAAUUUGUCCAGUAGAAGCAAUGUCUUAUCUUAAGCAUAUACACAAAUUUCAGAUCCACCCAUCUACACGUUCAAAUACAAAUAAAAUAAUCAACUUUUUAUCUGAAAGAACUACAACAAAACCCUACAGUGUGUGUACACUUAAAACUUUUCCUGCCCCAUUGAUCUCAGGUACCAACAGUUUAAAGUUUCAACCACUAAAACAAGGAUGCAUUAACUGUUUCAAAUAUGGAUUUCAUACAAGUUCCAGAAAGCAAGCAAUUGGACCACAUCUAUGGGUUGUGGUGAAAUUGGCUAUGAAGGGAGCAAGUGUUAUUAGUGGCAGGGGUUUCAGACAAUGGUGGAAAACCUUACCUGACCAUAAAAGACUUCACUUUAUUCAUCUUUCUAAAAAACAGUGGAAGGAAAUUUUAUUAGCAAUAUCAGGAAUAUCUGUUCUUGGGAGUCUUUAUUACUGGAGCCAUAUACAAGAGGCCCCUAUAACAGGAAGGAGAAGAUUCAUAGCAUUUACAGAUAAUCAGUUUCAACGUGUGAUGAAGAUUGAAGCUGAGCAGCUUCAGGAGCAGCUAAAAGAAAAGAUUCUUCCAAACAACCAUCCAUUGUAUCCUGUUUUGUUAAAGAUUGUUCAGCGAUUAUAUGAUGCUAACACAGAUAUUAAAGAAGUAGAGAUGCAGAAGUGGACACUAGCUAUUGUAGAUGACCCUGAUAAUGUCAAUGCAUUUGUUUUACCAACAGGUGAUGUGUUUGUUUACACUGGAUUGAUUAAAUUUGUGGAAACUGAAGAUGAAUUAGCAAUUGUAUUAGGACAUGAAAUGGCACAUGCUAUACUCAAACAUGCAGCAGAGUCACUUAGUCAGGCCCAGUGGAUAGAUUAUUUUGUGAUAUUGAUCAUGGCAGCUUUGUGGGCUGUAAUACCAUAUGAUGGAAUUGCCUUUGUUUUCAACUGGUUUGUUCACAAAGUAACUGAGUAUAUGUUACACUUACCACAUAACAGGCUACAUGAAACAGAGGCAGACAAAGUUGGUUUAGAACUAGCUGCUAAAGCAUGUUUUGAUGUGAGAUUCGGAACUGUUUUCUGGAGAAAAUUUGAACUUAAGGACAAAGUUGAUAAUGGAAAGUUGCCAGAAUGGUUAUCAACUCAUCCAGCCAGUGAGAAAAGAGUAGACUUCUUUGAACAUUUUAUUCCUGAGUACUUAGAGAUGAGAAAGCGUUGUAGAUGUCCACCAUUAUCAGAAAAGGAUCCAAGAAAAUUACUUCUACCUCUUCAAGAUCAGAUUGAUAAUCUUAUUACUUCUAAAAGAUCUAGGGGAAACAUCGAAAGAUUAAAGAUUGCACCUUCAAGCCGUAGUCCACUAGUCUCACAAAAUCAGGCAAACAACCCAUCAACAAAGAACCAACCGACUAAUCAAAUAAUUCUUAAUGACAAAGACACAACUGAAAAAGAAAACAUUUUGUCAGCAGUUUCUCCUAUCAGGUCUGAUAAAAAUGAUACACAAGUAACUGAUGAUGUGAUUGUUGAAACAGAAUGUGAAAAAGGGUUUUCUUCUAAAGUUGUGCCAAAUGUUCUUAUAUCACAGGAACUGGACAGUAAAGACAAAAAUAUUAUUGGAAGCAAGGAAGAAGUAAUUGGGCAUUGAUGACUAAUUUAUUAGGUUUAUUUUAAUUAUUUAUUUUUAGUUAUUAUUAUGAAUUUCCUUUUUUGAAGUUGGAAGAUCUAAUUGAUCCUAAUUGGUAGGUUGAAAAAUUAGCACAUGUCAACCUUCAGCUGUCUAAUAAAGCUGUGCAGUGGUGUAGAGCUAUUUCGGGUUUAAUAGUUAAUAGAAUAUAUAGUAUUUUUAAUAAAACCUAUCCUCUUGAAAGGUAUACAAAAAUAUCAUUGGGAGAUAGACUAUAUAAGCUAUAUUUUGCUCUUUGAAAUAGUUCUUCUUUUACAUUUACAUUUCAAGAAUAUAAAAGUAUUAUUCUAGUCCUGACAGCAUUUUUGGAGAGAAAUUUCUCAGGGUUAAACUGUUAACACAUCACUUUGUGUCCAGAUGAGUGUCUUUCAAAUUCAUAUAUCACAUUUUAUAGAAGAAGAUGUUUUAUAAAUUUUAUUUGAAAAAAUGUACAUACUUUAGCAAGGGAAUUUUCAUCAUGGUAUGUGUCUCUGUCAUUGAAUUUUUAGAAGAAAUGUACAUUGACUCUUUCAACUUAUAUUUACAAACUUUUUUGCUAUCUAUAUUUUGCAAUUUUUUAUACAUUUUUUGGCCACUAUAUUAUAAGUUAUCUAGUUCAUAUUCGUAGAUAUAGAUAUGUUAACACCCUGAAGUAUCCAAGUACAGGAUACUGAAGGGUGUUAAAAUAUCCAUAUCUACAGAUAUGAAUGUAGAUAACAAAUUUAUCCCCGGUCUUUGUCUAAAUCUGGUGAUUGUAAGAGAAAUUCGACCACAAAGUUUUAUGUGAAAGUAACGUUUUUUGUCGAGCCUGCAACUUUU